AUGGGCUCGUCUUCGAAUCAAGCCCUGUCAGCCCUGUCGGGCCCGACCUAUGUCACGGCCCAGACCCUGAUCCAGCAGGUGGCUUUCCUACUGAGUGAUAAGGUCUUCUCCUACUCCCCGGAGACCUUUGAUCUGGAUGCCGCCCUCCGAGAGUGGUCAUCGCAGCAGGAGACCAAUGCCAAUGGCGAGUCUCCCGUUGUAAAGACCCUGGAGACUCGCCAGGGUGCCGGAAACAUGGCCCUGGGUUACCUUUUCUCCCAGGACUUCGACUUGAAGAAGCGCCAUGUUCCCCAGGGCAUCGUUGCCUCUUCCGCCACUCUCCCGUACAUGCGGGCUGCUUUGGAGCAGCUUUCUCUGCUGUACUCUGUCGCUAGCCCCGUGGCGGCACACGUCGCCGCAGUUGACUAUGCCGGCGAGGAGGGCCUGGUGUCCGACUAUGCUUCGGCCCUUUCUCUGGCCGAAGAACUGGGCCUGGGGUUGGUUUCCAGUGGCUCGGUCCACGAAUCGCAGCACAUGGCUCUGUUCACGACCCUGCUGGCUUCCGUGCUGCCCUCCAUUCAUAUAUAUGACGGCGUGCGUGUGGGCCGUGAGAACACCCGUGUCAUUGAUGUUCUCGACAAGAACGGUCUCAGUAUCACGUACGAGACCGUCCGCAAAACUCUGGAAGAUUCGCGAAACCGCCACCUGGAUGCUCAAGGCAAGGUGCUGGACCUGCUGAAGACCCUGAACGGUGAACUUGGCACCGAUUACGGCGUGUUCGAAUACCACGGCCACUCGGAGCCCAUUUCCGUUCUGGUCGCCUUUGGCACUGUAGAGGCCACCCUUACGGCUCAGAUUGCACGCUCUUUGGCCAAGGAUGGCGUGCAUGUCGGUGUCAUCAACGUCCGCGUCUACCGCCCAUUUGUGGAGGAGGAGUUCCUCCGUGUACUUCCCAAGUCCGUGAAGACCGUGGGUAUUCUUGGACAGGUUGCUACGGAGCAAGCUGUUCAGGAGGAGGGGAUUCAUUCCGCCCUCUACGAGGAUGUGCUGGCCGCCUUGACCUUUGCCACGGACCGCGAGCAGUUCCCAUCUUGUGUCGAGAUCAAGUACCCUCGCUCUCAGCGUUGGGAUCUGAUCACGACCGCUGCCGCAUUCCAGCGCGUGUUCGAGAAGCCCAUUCUGCCCGUCAACGCUGAAACCAAUGAGACAGCGCCUCUGCAAUUGCUGGACCCUGCGUCUGUCCAGGAAUACACCUUCUGGGAUAGUGACAAUUCCGUCUCAGAGGAUGCUACCCGCACUCUGAGCCAGGCUCUCGCGGCUGAUUCAGCCAGCAAUGUCACCAUCAGCAAGGCUCAUGACAAUCUGGUCCAGGGAGGCGCUGUCCGCAUCGAUAUUCGGAAGAGCGCCAAGAUUGUUGAUGCUCCAUACGCUGUCACGGCCGCGGACGUUGCUUACGUCGGGGCUAUUCCGCUACUCAACGACGUUGACGUUCUUGCUUCGGUCAAGGAUAAUGGUCGCAUCAUCGUGAAUGCCCCGGGUAUCAAGGACGAGGACCUGGAGAAGAAGCUCCCGGCCACCUUCCGACAGGCCAUUGCCCAACGCGGAAUCUCUCUUUUCGUGAUCGACCCAUCAGUUACCGAGGACUCGUCCCUUGACUCCCAAGUCCUGCAGGCUUCCUUCCUCCGUGUUGCUCUGCCUUCUCAAGAGGGCUUGGCCACUAAGAAGCUGUCUUCGGUCACUGGAAAUGCCGAGGCCCUGGAUAAGGUCACCAACGAUCUUGAUAAGAUGCUGCGCCAGAUCGAGAUUCCCGAGGCUUGGAAGGAACCCGAAGGUGCCAACGAGGCAGCUCAGCUGCCCAAGGAUAUCUCUGCCAACAGCUUCGUUGGCUUCGACAAGAAUGAGACUGAGCCCCCGACCCUUCUCAAGGAUUGGGAGACGGCGGCCCGUGGUAUCGCCUUCAAAGAGGCCUAUGGUACCAAGACCGCUCUUCGUCCCGACCUGGCCACCAAGACGUUCACCGUCCACGUCAAGGAGAACCGCCGUCUGACUCCCGUCACAUAUGACCGUAACAUCUUCCACAUCGAAUUCGACCUGGGUGACUCUGGUCUCACUUACGAUAUUGGCGAGGCCCUGGGUGUCCACGCCGAGAACGACCCUGCGGAUAUCAUGAAGUUCAUUGAGUUCUAUGGUUUGGACCCUGACGCCAUCGUGGAGGUCCCGAGCCGCGAAGACCCGCAGGUCCUGGAGAACCGCACUGUGUACCAGGCUCUGAUCCAGAACGUUGACAUUUACGGUCGUCCGCCCAAGCGCUUCUAUGAGGCGCUCUCGGAAUUUGCCACGGAUGAGAAGGAGAAGACCGAUCUCCGCACGCUGGGUGGCCCCGACGGUGCCACCGAGUUCAAGCGCCGCGCCGAGGUCGACACCGUGACCUUCGCCGACAUCCUGCUCGAGUACCCGUCCGCGCACCCCGAUUUCCACGAAAUCGUCCGGAUUGUCGGUCCGCUCAAGCGUCGCGAGUACUCGAUCGCAUCGUGCCAGAAGGUGACGCCGAACACGGUGGCGCUGAUGAUCGUCGCGGUCGAAUGGACAGACCCGAGUGGCCGCGACCGCUUCGGUCUGUCGACCCGCUACCUGAGUCGUCUGCAGCCCGGCACCCCGAUCACGGUCAGUGUCAAGUCCAGCGUGAUGAAGCUGCCGCCCAAGUCGACGCAGCCGCUCAUCAUGGCCGGUCUGGGAACGGGUCUCGCGCCGUUCCGGGCCUUCGUGCAGCACCGCGCUCUCGAGAAGGCCCAGGGCAAGGAGAUCGGUGCCGUCCUGCUGUACAUGGGUUCUCGCCACCAGCGCGAGGAGUACUGCUACGGCGAGGAGUGGGAGGCUUACCAAGAGGCUGGUGUCAUCACGCUUCUCGGCCGUGCCUUCUCGCGUGACCAGCCCCAGAAGAUUUAUAUUCAGGACCGCAUGCGCCAGACCCUCCCCGAGAUCAUCGAUGCCUACAUCCGCGAGCAGGGUGCUUUCUACCUUUGCGGUCCCACUUGGCCUGUGCCCGAUGUUACUGCCGUGCUGGAGGAGGCUAUUGCCACCGAGGCCAAGAACAAUGGCAAGAAGGUCGAGACCCGCAAGGAGAUCGAGAAGCUCAAGGACGAGGAGCGCUAUGUCUUGGAGGUGUACUAG